AGGCCAUUUUUGCAAUCGUCGUGUCGUCGUCAAGUUGGUUUCGUAUUUUAAUCAGACAAAUCUUUUUAAUUUUUCAUUUGAUAUAAAUUUCAUAACCUUUUCACAAAAUAAAUCGUUCACAACUCCUGUUUCGGUGAAGGAGUUAAAAGUCGCCAAUAAACUAAAAUUUAUCCACAAAAGUUGACGUCAUAAAUUUUUCUGUGCUAAACGACACUUGUUCGUGUGCUCGCACCACAAGAAAUAGGAAAAGUCGCAAUUCAUAACUAUUACGAAAAGAACUGAUUUUAUUUUUUUUACUUAUAAAAACCUUAUUGAAUAUUAUCAAAGAGAAUUAAUUUUCUUUGGGUAAAAUUUGUAAACAUGGCUCAGUAAAAAUGUCUAAACUAAAAUUAUAUAAAGUUGUAAAAGCUCCAUGUGGAGACAAAGUUCGUCGCAUUAAAUCUUCGAAAUCGAAGAGGGAAAGUGGUAGUAAAAUUUCCAAGGAUUUUAAUUUUCAUCAGUACCAGUUGGAAACUUUUCAGCUGAUUUCUUUAUCUUCUAUCUAUUUUUAUAAUAAGUAUAACACCAACAAUAACAAAAAUGGACAACAACACGAAACAAAAUUAUUCAAGAACUGGCAAUACGAAAACGUCCAAUCAAGCAACUGAUUCGAAUCGUCAAAAAUCGUCAUCCUCAGAUAUUCAAACAACCAAACAUUGGCCAAGAAAUUCACGUCGUCGUGAAAACCCCUCAACAUCGGCUCGUAACAACAACGGCAACAAUAGUAGUAAACAACAACAACUAUCAUCUAAAGUACGUCCAAAUGUGGACAAAAGACCACGUGCAAGAGGCAGCAAUGGUUACAACAACCACAAUGCUGGUGGCUCAUAUCGUGGCACUAACGAAGAUUACUUUGCUACCGGCACCGGAUUAGGGUUCGGGGAUACAACGUUCUACGACUCCUCCAUGGGAGCGGCAGUAGGACGUUUUGAGCACACCGAUUAUGAGUUAAAUUCCGUAUAUGCUCCUGGCAGCAAGAAACAGAAUUUAAAUCAUUUAUUAAAUUUUUACUAUACACCACGUGAAGUGGACUAUUACGAUGGUGUUGGAGGUAAUAGUGGUGGUGGUGGCAGCAGUGGUUAUAUCCAACGUCAUGGCCAUGUCAAAAAGCAUAAAUACAAUAAAGAACAGUUUUUGCAAGCAAACUUUCAGUUUGUUAUAAAAUCAUCUGCUAAACGUAAAACAGAUGACUCUCCAGAUACUCUCAUUGAUUGGUCUCUAAUUGAACAGAUCAACAUACAAACACCCGAUGAACCGCAGUGUCCUAUUUGUUUAUAUCCACCAGUGGCUGCUAAAGUAACUCGUUGUGGUCAUGUAUAUUGCUGGCCUUGCGUUUUACACUAUCUUUCUCUAAGUGACAAAACAUGGCGUAAGUGUCCCAUAUGUUACGAUGCCAUACAUGUGGGUGAUCUAAAAAGUGCUUCUAUUGUGCAACAACAAACAUUUAAUGUCAACUCACAUAUCACGUUCCGGUUGAUGCGUCGCAAAAAAGGUUCUUUAUUUAUAGAAAAACAUGAUUGCAUGAAAAAAGAACAAAACACGGAAAAAUAUCCAUAUGUCUGUAGUCCCAUUGAGGAAAAGAUAUUCUCCAAGUUCAUAUUAGCGAAACGCAGUGAUGUGGCUGAUAUUUUGGAGCGAGAACAAAGAGAACUACUGUCGGAUGUUGAUGAGUCUUGUCCUGAAUAUGUAUUCAUUCAGCAAGCCCUUGAAUUAUUAAAAGAAAGAACAAACUUAUUGGGUGACAUCGAACAAAGGGAUGAGGAAAUAUAUAAAUUCGAAGAAACUGCAAAAGAAGAGAUUGUAGUUAACAAUAUAAAUGUUAUUGAAACUAAAGAACUACUACUUCAUAAUAAUGACAUAAAUGAAACUGAAGCACUAGAAUCAAACAAAGAGGCAUCAUCAUUAAACAAUCAAGAAAUUAAUACCGACGAAGAAACUGCUGAGACGUCUUCUAACACGGACACUAUAUCAUACACUCAUUCAGCAGGUGCUCAAAAGUCAUCAACUAAAUUUUAUUAUUUCUAUCAAUCUGAUGAUGGUCAGAACAUUUACUUGCAUCCAUUGAAUGUGAAAAUGCUACAAGCUUGCUAUGGCAGUUUAGCGGAUGCUCCUGCUAUAAUUAGUGCUCGAAUUAUACAAAAGGAACAACAUUCAAUGGAUGAAGAUCAUCGUCGUAAGUUUACUUGUUUAGGCCACUUACCAUUAACUUGCCAGUUUGCUGUAGUGGAAAUUGAGUUGCAACCACCUUAUGUCACUGAGGACAUAAUACAAGUCUUUGAGCGCGAUAUAGUCUUUCGCAAGAAGGAACGCCACCGUAGGGCAAGAGAAGAGCGUGAACGUGAGAAACACAUUAAUGCCAUUAAUGAUCGUCAGAUGGGAAAACUUAUUGCAAGUACAGCAAAUAUAAAUAUAACAUCCUCCCACGAAUUUCCAACGUGUGGUUUUGAGGAAUCAUUAGUACCAACCGGCGAUAUUCAGCUGAUCGACAAUGUCCCUUCAACUUCUAAAGGUGGUCGUACUAAAACUGUUAGCACUAGUAGUGCUGGUAGUUGCAGUUAUUCUGCAAUUGCCAUACAUUGCAAAAAGGAACACACACCUUGGUCUAACCUUAAUGCAGCCCAAAACACGAGUGCUGCAACUGGCGUUCAGUUGACAACUGACGAUGGUGAGACUUCCAUUUUAAGUACUAUUCACACAAAUUUAGGUGAUGUUUUGGCCCAAGCCUUAUCGCAAAAGAAGGAAAGAAAAUCUACUACUAAAACGAAUGAAUCGUCCAAUACCAUUGGCGGAAAUAAGAAAUCGAAGAAAUCAAAGAAAAUGCUUCCUCUUUAUUCUACCGGCAUGAAUUUUAGUGGUAACUAAUUAAUAAUUAUGUUUGCUGCAACUUACGUUUUUCAGUUUUUACAAAUUGAGUUUUAUAAAAUCUAUCUUUAGUUUCGUUUUCUUUUUUUUUAAAUACGUAAAUAUAAAAUGUUUUGAAAUCAAUCAAAUAUUAUUUAACCAUUAUUAUUAUAUUCUUGAAAUUGCAACUAAUAAUUUACAAAAUACAUAAUAAAAUUUAAAAAUAUAUGUACUCAA